AUGGUAAAAUGGCGUAAAAGUGGAACAACAAAUACAUAUAUAAACUCUGCUGCUAUAAUAAUUCUGAAAGAGCUGGCGAGCAGUAAAAAGUUCUUGCCACUCAAAUUUUAACCGAUAGUUGAUAAACAAGAAUGCGUUCUUCAAAAGUUGAUUAGAGCCUUAACAUUGAUUUUUUUUAUUUACAGACUCGCUGUGCUUCCGUUGUUAUCAGUGUUUUUCUCAUUUGUCAUGGGAGGACUGCAACAAACACGCCAUAGAGACCGAUGAGUGCAAACCUCCAAAUGUUUGUUACAUGGCUCACCGAAUAUUUCAACGGAAGGGGCAACAACGGCAUAACUUUAUCAAGGCUUGUUAUAGCCCUAGAUGGUGUCCACAAGAAAGGUGUAGACAGACCACGCAGACUUCUGUGGACGGUUCGUGGUGCGAGACAAAGUGCUGUAAAGAAAAAGAUCUCUGUAACACUGGAAUGACUCCCUCGUGGGAAAGGGCACAUGUAGGGAAGGAGUCUGCCGUCAAUCAAAAUGUACCACAUAAAGUUUGUUUUCUUAUCACUGUAUUGUUAGCAAUGUUAACAGCGUGAUUAGGAUUUUUCAGCCUUUUUCAGCUUGAUAUGCAAUAAUGAGCGUAGUUGGACAAUAGCAUAAGUCAGUUUAAGUUAAACACUUUUAGGCCUGAACGGCUCAUCAACGAAAAAGAAACUUAAAAAUAGAAACGAAAGGUAUGAUAAUGACGCUUGCUUUUAAAAAACGUAGUUUUAUUUGAGGUAUGCUUUAGUUUUAAUUCUUAAUAGUUUUAGGGUUUCAACAUGGAAAUCAAUAUCUAAUUCAAUAA